AUGACUACAUUUAAAGGGAUGGCUAUUUUAUGUUUUCAUCCACAACAACAUCUACUUCAAGGCCACUGUAUAAAUCUAAUAAAUAAUGAAUCACCUUAUAGUCUUGCAGGGAUAUUAUUACCUGAUUAUAUUGAUCCACAUCAUAAUGAUUGUAUGGAACCCGAUGAUUUUUAUCGGGUUAUCAUCAAAUCUCAUACAACACAAGAACAAAUUUCUUUAAUUUUACGUCGAACAAAAAAUAACGAUGCUAGUAAUUUGUGGAGUCAUGAAAAUGAAAAAGAUAGUAAUGAUGGAUACGAGUUUUGUUUUGAGACGGAAAAAUUUGUUUCUGAUCAAGAAGCAAUGCGUUUGAAAGAUAAAUAUUUUAAAACAAAUUCGUCCAUCGUUACAGAUGAUGAAGUAUAUAUAUGUGUUGGAAACAUACAAUUUACUCAACAAAACCAAUAA